GAAAACAGACGAGAGAGGGAAAUUUGAUGACUUGCGGAGUUUACUACUUUUUGUCAUUUUGUUUCUCAGACAAUCUUAAAAUUUGUUUCAUACUCUCUGUGUCUCUCUCAGUGCCAUCACCACCACCAACACCCACCGCUACGUAUCACUACCACCGCUACGGCACCACCCCUCUCUCUCUCUCACUGUCUAAAACCCCAUCCAUAUCCAUCCAUCCAUCCAUCCAAUCAUAUAUAAUAUAGAUAGACAGAUAGAUAGAUAUCAACAACUUCCCUUUCAUCUCAAUGCACACACUUCUCAUUGUCUCUCUCUCUACUAGUUCUUACUGAUUCAGAUUCCUACUUCACAAACCUGAGGCUGAGGAGCUCGCACUUAUUUUACCCACUGUCACUCUCUCUCUCUCUCUCUCUCUCUCUCUCUCUCGGUUUUGAAGAUUAUACUUUGGUUGCUUCGACUAGAAGAUUUCAUUCCCAACUGCUUAGAAAACAAGCAAUUUCCCUGAAAAAGACUGUCGAAUUUUCCUGGAAAAAGUUUGAGGAAUGUAUGGUGAUUCUCGAGCAUUAGUUGAUGACCCCAACUGCUAUAUUUUCUUGCGAUUCGAACUCUAAACGAAAACAGUAGAGAACCGUUGUUGAACACAGAUAUGAACCAUCAAGACGAGUAUAGACAAUACAACAAUAGUCAUCAUCAACAGUCCGAUUCCAAUUCUGGGUUGUUGAGGUUUCGCUCUGCUCCCAGCUCUCUCCUUUCCAAGUUCACCAAUGUUGGUACUGAUUCCAGUGAAAAGGGUCCGAUGAAUAAUCAGUGUUCGAGCCCUGAAGCUCAAAGGCUGACCCAUUUGACUUCCCAAAGUCUUUUUCAAGAUUUGGAAGAGAUCAAACCUCUGGCAAUUAAUGGGUUCUCUGUGACUUCACAAUUGCCUCCUCAGUACCCGAGACAUACUUCAGGAACCCAAUUGGCUGCCAUGGAUAACACUAGCUCCUACGGAGUGGUCGGUUCAAUUGGUUCUUCCAGUCUUAUGCGGCAAACUAGUUCCCCUGCUGGGCUCUUCUCUCACCUCACUGCUCAAAAUGGCUAUGCGGCUCUAAGAGGUCUUGGAAAUUACAGAAUAGGGAAUGGUACUAAUGGAGAUGUAGUAAGUCCUUCAAGCAGGUUGAGAGGUCUGAUGAAUUUCUCAUCUGGAAUGCCAUCUUCAUUAGGUAUGCUGUCUCAGAUCUCUGAAAUCGAUAAUGAAAGCGUCGAGGGGAGCUGCCACGAAGACAUAAAACUCGGAAAUGGCAGCAGGGAUCCUCAAUUUUACAGCCCCGGAUAUGCAUUUGGUUCUUGGAAUGAUUCUUCACAUAUUCAUGAUAAUUUCUCUGUGCUGAAAAGGGACCUGGAUAAUGAUGAAAAGUUAUUUACUGGGAUUCAGAAUGGAGAGCUUGAAAAUCGUAUGCAUAUUUUGUCACAUCACUUAAGUUUACCAAAGACCUCAGCUGAAAUGGCUAACAUGGAAAAGUUACUGCACUUCCAAGAGACUGUUCCUUGUAAGGUUCGAGCAAAGCGAGGUUGUGCCACUCAUCCACGAAGUAUUGCUGAGAGGGUGAGGAGAACCCGGAUCAGUGAAAGAAUGAGGAAACUACAAGAGCUUGUCCCAAACAUGGACAAGCAAACAAACACAGCAGACAUGUUGGAUUUGGCUGUUGAGUACAUAAAAGAACUACAAAAACAGUACAAGAUACUCAGCGAAAAUCGGGCAAACUGCAAGUGUUCGAGUCUGCAGAAACCACUCCCAAAUCUGUCGGCUUGAUUGGCUUCUGUACAGAAAAUAGAGGAUGUACAAGUGGAAACAAACCAUAGCACCUAAUCCCUUCUGCACCAGAGUAUUACUAAAGCUUUUUUUUUUUUUUUUAAUAAUUAUUAUAAUAAUUAAAUACUUAAAUUAAAUGGGUAUGAAUAGUAGAAGGGCUGCUAGAAUGGCCAAGAUAUAGAUCCUGUAAGCUAACCAAAGUUUGCUUACAAGAUUGAGGGGGGAAAAUAGACAAACUGUAUAGGACAUGUUGUAAUAAUACUUUCCUUGCUAUAUGUAAUUUGUUUUGUCAUGUUGAAUAAGAAUUUUAUACACA